AUGCAAGAGGAGGUGGAAGUUCCCGUUCCUACUGGAACUAUUUUCACUAAAAAACCAGAUCCUCCAAUUUUGACUGGGGAACAGAAAGAAGAGCUAAAACGGAGUAAUCCCCUGAAAUAUAUCAAGUUAAUGCUAGCUCAACGGGAUUCUUCUUCUAGCAAAAAUCAAUCUGAAGAUUCGAGCCAAAUGAAGGAUAAUGCCCCUCUUACUUCUCUCGACCAACUUCUUCAACAAGUCAACAAAACUAUUCUUGAGGCUGACAUUUUUACUAUUCUAAAAGAAGACACUGCAGCCUAUUUUUCGAUGAAGAAGUUGCUUUCUCAGAUAGAUCUCAGCAUCUGUCCACCUGAAGUAAGUGAGACCAUAUAUGAUCUGCAAAUCUUGCUCAAUGAAGUUAGCAGUGAAUAUAUUAGGGUUAAUGAUGCUGAGGCUAAGAUUCGAACCAAACAAGAGGCUUUGUCUAAAGCUUAUGACCAAACUUCGAGACUUUCUGAAGAAGCAGAGGAGUUGGAGCGUGCUAAAAUCCAGGCCAAAGACAAGCAUGAUGUUUUGGCUCGAUCAAUCUUGUUUUGGGAAUCCCAGAUUGAAGAACUCAAAAAGAAAAUUGAGGGUGCUCGAAAUGAGCAGGCAGCCUUGAAGCCCGUUGAUGACAAAGAACUUGAAAAUCUUGUCACACAAAGUCUUCAACAGAUGGAGGUAGCUGAAGGAAUAAGCGAAGAGAUCAAGGGGCUCGAAAGCGUCAGAAAUGCCACCCAAUGCAAGAUCAACUUAUGCAAGAGCAAGUUUGCUAAGCUGAAACGAAACGCCCCUUUCUGA